UCGGUGUGUCAAACAGCGCCUUGUCAUACAGUUAGCUUGCGCGUCAAUGUGGCAGGCAGCGCUCUUGACAAGCGGUAGUCAGCGAGCUAGCAAGCUAACUGCUAUGGUUUGCUGAACACGUGAGACUGCAGAGUACAGUGGUGAAAUACUUCCAUCGAAGCCGAGGUUCACUGUCAUCCGAGGCCACAUUCUUGAUAGAGUUUUUUAAGUAAGAUUGGGUGAUACUUAAUCACAAAAAUGGCGGAUGUGGCAACGACUGGUUCGGAGAAGAGUCUGGAUGAUUUCUUUGCCAAGCGGGAUAAAAAGAAGAAGAAAGAAAAGGGCAAAGGGAAGGAGUCGGGAGCUGGGCCAGCACCGGCCUCGGCCUCGGCUUCGGCCUCUGCCACGGCCUUGCUGAAAAAGCCCAAGAAGGAAAAAGAGAAGUCCACGAAAAACGAAAAUCAAGACGCCCAGAUAGAAAAGGAGGAUGAGGAAUGGAAGGAGUUUGAGCAAAAAGAAGUGGACUACUCUGGCCUCAGGCUGCAGGCCCUCCAGAUCAGUGAUGAGCGAGAAGAGGAGGAGUAUGAGAAAGAGGAGGUGGGUGAGGAUGGAGAGAUAAUCCUGGUGAGCGGAGACAAGAUGUCUGGACCAUGGAACAAGUCAGGUGGAGGUCCUCCUCCUCCAGCUGCUGCUCCUGUCGAAGAGGAGCCUGAGGUGCCAGAGUCGAAACCGGCCGGUGUGUACCGACCCCCGGGAGCCCGUCUCACCACCACCAAGAAAGGACCCUCACAUGGGCCCCCCGAAAUCUUCAGUGAUACCCAGUUCCCUUCACUGCAGUCCUCUGCCAAGCAUGUGGAGACACGCAAGGACAGAGAGAUGGAGAAAACCUUUGAGGUGGUGAAGCACAAGACCCGUGCGAGGGAGGAUGGCUCCGUGGCCUCGCAGCAGCAGCUGCAGCUAGACAACCAGUACGCCGUCCUGGGGGACAAGUAGACCCCCCUCCACACAGCCCAUCACACACCCCUUCCCCGCCCAACCUCAAGUGGUCCCGGCAAACCCUCCCAGAGGAAAGCACUAAUGCCAACUGUGUGAGUGUGUGUGUGUUUGUGCGUGCGUGUGUGUGGCCGGACACCCCCUGGAAUCGGAGGGGCCGCCGCCACCACCACCACCACUUUUCAGACUGAACUGUCUUUUCCAUCUCUCACACACACAUGCACAUGCACACACACCAACGCAGUACUGUCAUCUACAAGUAAAAUAUACAUGCAUUUGUAGGCCCUUGUACAUCAGCCAUACAUACACACACACACACACACACACACACAUACACACACACACAUACAGACACGCACUUACACCAUUCAAACAUGCAUACAUUUAUGAACCCAUACACUCCCAUACAAACCAUACUCAAAAACCAAUAUAGACAUGGUCAACAAAAGCCCAGUCUUUAUCGACUGCAUUGACAAGGGCUGUGACAAACAGGGAGUGACUGAACCUUUCCAAGGAAAAAAAAAAAUAAAGAAAGAAAAAAAAAAUCAUCAAAUAUAUGACGGCACACUCAAGCCUUCAUGAGUGACACCGGUGACCGUUGAGGUGAGUGACAGCUGUCAGGACGUAUCACUCUUGCUCCGGCUCACAUCAGCGGCCGUCGCACCCCGCAAAACUUCAGUGAAGAGUGUACUCUGAAAAACUCAACACGCGCAGUACUACAAGAGAGAGGAUGGCUGUACGACUAAGGGGCUCUGUGAUUGGGAAGAACUGCAGUUAAAAUACAGUUAUCAAUGCUUUCACUCACUUUUUUUUUUGUUGUUGUCGGUUUGCUAAAUCUGUUGAGCUCCUGGACCUAACCAGUUAUAGAAUGUGUAUCUUUUUUUUUUUUUUGAGUGUUUGAUGUGAGAGGUAAGGUUUGGGGAUUUCUGAGAAUGGGAGGAGAGGUUGGGGGAGGAGACUACCUCAGUUGUGUAUCUGUGGUUACCAUGUCGACCAGGCCAUUUUGAUUUUUGAAGGAGAGUGUCGGAGCUGGGGUGGGGGGCGGACAACAUUCACCCACCCCAUCCUCCGGCCAGAGAAAAGGACCACCUGUCGCUUUAUCACAAGAGCGAGCCUUUGUUAUCGCCUCUCCUCGGCUCAAGGUCUUCAUGUGGAAAUACUAUUUGAAGUGGCCUUAACUGUGUACAGAAGCAGCAGAAUGGGAAGUGGUGGAUGGAGGAAUGGAAGGCUCACAGAAGAGAGAAAAAAAAAAGGACAAAAGAAAAAAAAAGGAAGGAAGGAAAGAAGGAAGAAUGCUCAUCAGCGUCCUGUGCAAAGACACUUCCUGCGUCCCCAUCCUGCAGGCUGCCACUGGACUCCUGAGGCUUUCCCCACAAACCCUGAGCAGGAAUGUAGAGCCGAGCUGUAGCGUGCCAUCGAGAAUCCCACCUAGACUGCCCUUGUCCCUGCCCCUGCCCCUGCCCACCCCUCCUCGACCCACCCUGGCCUACCCUCAGAUCCCCGUCAUGCCCUCUUCCUUCUGUCUCACCGGCCCCUUAUCUCUGUUAUCCUUUUUUAAAAAAAGAAAAUUAAAAAUUGACGUAAGAUUGACAUAAAAAAAAAAACAGAAUCAUAAUUAAAGCUUGUCCUUUCGUAUCCCAUAUCAUUCCUUAAUUUGUUGACUGUUGUAAACUGCACUAAUUUUCAGUUUGCUUUCUUUGCUCCGAUGUUUUCUUUUUGCCUUCAUAGUCCUCUGAAUUGUCACAAUGCAAGGGUUUGUUUUCUGCUGACCUGCGGGGUCCUAAAUAGCAUUAGAGGAGACUGUCUGGUUUAUUGAAACAAUCUGCUGGCACCAUGUCUAGCCUACUAUGCAGAACUAGCAGCUCUCUGUCUUUGAAUGACCAGAGGUGGCUUAUCUGUCAAAGACGAGUUUUUCCACACACUCUGAACACGUUAGUAGGAAAUCCUUGUAGUACAUGUACAUGGUGGAAGCCAUUAGUCUUUCAGAUGCCUGUUUGCUUUUGCUAAACCUCACCUGAAAUUGCCAUGAAUGACUUGUUUAAACUCAUUAGUCAAGAUAUUAACCGUAAGUUGAAUAUAACCAUUGGUUAUUCAUGGGCUUUUCAGUGUUUGGUUUGCAGGGCUACUAUCCCUGAGGUGACCCAGAGAUUUGCCUGUGGUUAAAGUAAAAGGCUUUUGUCUUUCCUAGCGCUUGUGUGGAAUCGUGAUGACCUGACAAAAAAAAAAAAAAAAAAAAAAAGAAACGGCUCAACUGUUGUCCGCCGCAUGGAAUGCACACAUGGUUGGCCGUGGAGGUGAAACACAAACGAGGCGUUUCUGGCACUCUUUGCAGAGCCGUUAGACUUGAAACGGUUCACCUGAGGCCUCGGACAACAGCACGUUCAUGUAACAUUUCCCUGAAACUGCCUUUUCAGCAUGUCA